GAGCACAACUUGGCUGACUCCGUCUUCGUGUUCCCCAGCAACUUCUACCAAGUCCUCCGAAAGCACGAGAUCCGCUUGAAAAAGGCACAAAUAAGCCUUCAUGACAUUGAUCAUGGAUCUGUUCCGGGGACAAGUAGACAAGGAGAAAAUUUGCACGAUAUUAUCGAGUGUCUGGAGGGCCUCUUUAACCAUGGGCUGGCGACGUCAAAGCUAUGGAUUUUCCCGUGUGAGAUGAAUGGAACGUGGCAUUGUCUGUGUGCUAAUCUGAUCAAGAGGACACUUCAUGUUGGUUUUCAUCUCGGGGACGAACUAAUGCGCAAAAACGGAAAGAAUCCAGCGAGUGAAGUGCACCAAAACCACCAUAAAACGAGAGAAAAACUAGUGUCACGGACGAGACAUUUUGUGGAGACCACGGAGAGCGUUCUUGUCGAAGGACUAGACGUCAUCACUGGACGAACACGCUCAGACCAAGGUCAAGCUCAAGUUCCAAUUGGUCCAUCUGAAUGGAAAGUGCUCGAUAUUUGUGCCAAGGAAAGUCCAUUACACCGGACGACCUUUUCUCAUAUCAUCAAAGAUGUUACGGCAUUUCUGAAGCCAGCUUUGCUUUCAUUGGACAUUGUAGCCUUAGAGGACGUCAGCGUUGAUGGAUCUUGGAACAACUUGACGGAUCUGGUGGACCGUGUCAACGAGCUCUAAGAAUAUCAAUGAUGCCAACGCAAUGUUUGGGUUCACGUCAGGAUCUUAUCAUGUCCUCGGGGCAGUAUUCAUAUUUGUGUCCACGCAUGUGGGAUUCACUUGCAAACUUAAUAAAAGUUUGGCCGUAC